CCGCGCUCCGAGCCUUCCUUUCCAAACGGAGCGAAGGAAUCAGCAACCGGCGGCUUGGAGGGCGAGCCAGCGACGGAGCGGCGGAGGCAGCCGAUCCCCGCCACAAUGGUGCUGGACAAGGAGGACGGUGUGCCAAUGUUAUCGGUGCAACCAAAAGGAAAGCAGAAGGGCUGCGCCGGCUGUAAUCGUAAGAUCAAGGACCGCUACCUUCUGAAGGCCUUGGAUAAGUACUGGCAUGAGGAUUGCUUAAAGUGUGCCUGCUGCGACUGCCGCCUGGGAGAGGUUGGAUCAACACUUUACACAAAAGCCAAUCUCAUUCUCUGCCGCAGAGAUUACCUGAGGCUCUUUGGGACCACUGGGAAUUGUGCUGCCUGCAGUAAGCUGAUCCCUGCCUUUGAGAUGGUGAUGAGGGCCCGAGAUAACGUUUACCAUUUGGACUGCUUUGCCUGCCAGCUUUGCAACCAGAGAUUUUGCGUGGGGGACAAGUUUUUCCUGAAGAACAAUAUGAUCUUGUGUCAGAUGGACUAUGAGGAGGGGCAACUGAACGGAAGCUUUGAGCCCCAAGUUCAAUAGCAAAUCCACUUUGGCUGAAACACUGUGGAAUGGACGUUCAGCCACAUCUAGCAGUGAAGGGCGCCUCUCAGCUUGCCUGCAAUAUUUUUUUAAUCCUUGGUCCCCAAAGGACGAUCUACAUUGUAGUAUUUCUUCACACACACACACACACACACACGCACACACGCACGCAUAAAUAACACAGCAGUUACAAUUUUAGAUGUACAGUUGUGCCUGCUUAGCUGAGCACUGCAUUUGCCUGUAUGUUUGUGAGUUGGGAGGGGGGAAAUUGGGGGAAAGCUCUGUACAGUCU